ACGCGGACUACACCCACCCAACCAGCCUGCCUCCCUCCCUCGCUCGCUGCCCCGGCUUUCUUUGCCGCUCCAGCCUUCGAGUUGGCCGACGUCGAAGUGUGGGUUAGACUGGAGACUCUGACGUCCAGACUUUCUUUCACCGCGGUGUCAUUUGUUUGCCAACUUCGCCUCCACAAUUGUAGGGGGUUCUUCUACUUUCUUUCUUUUUUUUUUACACGCUCAUAUCAACGAUUUCCUCAACAUGUCUUGGGACUCGUACGUGCAGAGCCUGAUGAGCGGUGACAACUGUCAGGAUGCCGCCAUUCUUGGGUACAAUGACGGAAACAAAAGCGUUUGGGCAUCGGUUCCGGGUGGUAUAUUCAGCGCGAUCACGACUCAGGAAAUAGAUACCCUUACUGGUCGUGAAAGGCAGUCCUUUUUCACCAAUGGUCUCACCCUGGGCUCGAAGAAGUGUUCAGUCCUCAGAGACAACCUAAACGACGACGGGGACUGGACAAUGGACAUCAGGACAAAGAGCCAAUCAGGAGAACCCACAUACAAUAUCUCUGUGGGAAAAGCUAUCAAAGUUUUGGUUCUUGUAAUGGGCAAAGAAGGGGUCCAUGGAGGCGGAUUGAAUAAGAAGGCUUACUCAAUGGCAAAAUACUUGAGGGAUUCAGGUUUUUAAUGUUUUCAAGAUAAAAUUGAGGGACAAAAAGAAGAAAAAGGAAAUGUUGCUGUUAAGUUUUCCCCAGCAAGCAGUCAACUUUUAAUGGCAAUGAAGAGUGGUAAGAUACUGUGUCAGCUAUGUUCCCCCCUUCAUCUUGUAGGGGGGAGACUCUUCAAUUUCGUUAAUUUCUCUUUUUUUCUUUGUGUGCUCCAGCAUUGGUUUUAGUCAUGGGAAAGGAUGGCACCCAUGGUGGAACUCUUAACAAGAAAGCCCAUGAAAUGGCCAAGUACCUGCGCGAGAAUGGAUAUUAAGCGAUCGCUCCUCUACAUUAAUGCAGCUCACUCCUACUCACUGAAUUGUUUUGGCACUACUUCCACGAUUAGGUAGCAUACAAUGUUACCCAGUCUACUUUUAUACACAGCCUUUUGUUUGCUCAACUGCCCCCCACCCACUUUGUUUUAAGGUCUUCCCUACUUUAAUAUUGUACGUCUCAUGAUUUUGGCACUACAGUAAUGGCAUCGUUUGUCCGUUGAAAUGUUAAUUAAUCAGAGUGUGCAAAAGCAAAAAAAAAAAAAGAUUACAAAGUGUAAUAAAAGUGUUAAACUAAUUUGGACUCGCCUUUAAUAACAUCCACUCCAAGACUGGCUGGUAUUCCAAGAGGAAGUUUAUAUGAAAUUAUGAUAACAGUUCGCAUUGUUAUGAUAUUCUGAGCAUUACUAAAAGAUGCUGGAUUCAUUUGUUUUUUGUUUGUUUUUUUUUUUUUUUAAAUUGGCAUGUGGGCAUUUAAAAAUUGCAUGCAUAUCCUCUUUAGCGUUCAGUUCCCAGCCCUGGUCCCCCUCUGUCCUAGUCUAAUGUUCCAGCCAGAACUAUCUUAUCUGCCUCCAUCUUCAAGUCUUCAUUAAAGAAAUUACAAACGUCCUCUGACGAAGUCCUGUAUGUGUGUACAAAUUCGCCGCCAUCCAGCACAGCUCCUUUUAGCCUCCAUUACAUGCUUUUGCUGUUGUACCUGAAUGUGGUCUUAAAAGUUAAUGAUGUGGUGUCGGGCUGUUGUGUGAGUAUAAGUUCAGCAUUACUGAGAUUGUUAUCAUAUUUCACUACAUCUUGGAGUCCCAGCAGACCAUCCAUGUGAGACAUUUGUCAGUCCUCUUCUGCUAUUUGUAAAUUUUGAUGUAAAAUCACUCCACAGUCGUGAGGUUAUCCCUUUUGGACCAACUGUCAAUACGAUAGGGUUAUCAGAAUUACCUCAGCUUCUUCUGAUGGUUGAUUGUUGGCAUCACCUGUUGACUGUAAAUCUUUAAGACAACUUCAGAUGACUGUAAAAACAAUGUAACUGCUUCUUUAGAGUUCAACACUACAUAAACCUUUUGUCACUAAUUGAUUUGUUGCUAAGUUCCUGAUCAUUAACCAAUGAAAUGGCAGUGUCCUUUUACUACCGUGUGAAUGCAUUUUGACUACUACUACUACUACUACUACACCUCGGCAUUACUUGCCUUGUGCUUUAGUCAUCAAAGGUGUAUUCACAAAUUGUCAUAGUACGGUACUUAGAAGUAUAUUUAAAAGAAAACAAAUGAUGCUGUGUACACUGAACAUAUUGCAAUGGUGUUGGUUGGAAUAAGAACAUUUGUAAGUUGUCUUGUGAAAAUUUUCUGAGAAUGACUGUAUUCUGUGCCAUAAAAUCAAUAUCUGGUCUACUACAUGUUGGAAUUUUUAACUGCUGUCCCAGCAAGAAGUAACGUUUAAUGGCACUUUCCUAAGGGAUAUUUUGACAACUAUAAUCUCCAGACUUUGUGGAAUAAGUACUGAAUUAAACAAACAAAAGAUAAGUUUGCUUUUUUUUUUUUUUUGUCUUUCUUUGAGUUGCAUAUUCCUUCUGCCACCAAAUAUCUAAAAUGCCAUGAAUUGAUGCGACAUCUUGUUUACAGAUGGAUCAAAUAAAAGUUAUUCCAACCAGA